AUGUGACCUCAAGUGAAAAGGCAGACAAAGAGAGCCGGUAUCAGGACUUCAACAUAAUGUCAUUGCCAUACCCGGGCUGUGAGUUCUUUAAGGACUACCGCGACAACGGCUACUCCGCCGAAGGGCUCGUCUAUGACUGGAAGCAGCACUUCGUAGACGCGGAUCUAAUCGUCCCGAACGACGACCACAUCUGUGAUCAGUUGAACGUCGAUUGGAAUCAAUACCGCAAUUGGGAUGUCAUUAGAUUAACGCAAAACUAUUUAAAACUAACUCCUCUCUUCACAUCACUCUUACGGCUCUCCCUUUGGGCCGACGGAAAGAUUCAUCAAAAUCUCAGUUCCAUUGAAAUCCUGUUUCUCACCAUUUCUUACGAUUGGUUUCUUUUCGGCCAUAACCUCAACGACAGACUCAGUAAAGGAGAAGAGAUACUAUUCUUUUGCUUCUAUUUUCUUAAAUACAUCACAAGUGAAGAGUUUUCUAUUGAUUUCCUGACAAACAAAUCCAUUCAAGACGUUAAGGAACGCAAACCAAGUGUCGACCAAUUGAUUGGCGGCGAAGUCUCUCAACUUCUUCUGGAAGAGAACAACACGUCUGCCAAAUAUGGCGGAAGUUCUUCGAGUUUGAACAGUAGCUGCAGUUCUGCCAGCACUAGGAGUCACGACAACUGUCCGCCACUGUAUUUCCCGAUCUUCAAUACCGGCGAAGAUUUGUUCUUUAAAGCGGAAUCCGAUUCCAAUAGCAAUAACAGCUCUUAUGGCAAAACACCGCCCACUCUGACCAACAGUGAAGAGGGCUCUUCUAUGUUCGCCAACUCUUCAGUCAAUACAUCUGUACUCAAUAGAUAUGAAGAGCCACUCAGACAUAUAUGCACUCCAAAGCACAUUUCUAAUGGAUGUAAUUCAAGGACCACAGAACCAGUUGCUAUUCCCGUGCAUAAGAAAGUGGUUAACAAUGUUGAUAACGGCUUGUCAUCCCUGAGCCGUAGUGACAGCUGGCAAAUAGUGUCCGACACGGGCAGUAUCCGCGAGGGUUCUAUGCGUUACUCAUCUCCUGACUCGAUAUCAUCGCCUAAAACUAAUGGCAAUUCAGUGGACACGUCUUCGAGCAGUAAUUCAGAUAAUUGUGAACCGAAGCACUCGAUUCACGCAAACGUCAAACGAGAGCGCGAUUUGAAUAACGGAAAGGAUUUGCCUCGAACCCAUUAUAUGAGGCGCGAGAGACUCCAAUCCGUGAGAAGUAUUUUCUACAACUCAUACUCGUCUGCCAUCGGAUUCAAGUUCAAGAACGGUGGCGACAACAACCCCACCCGUCUGGCCACUCUCAUUGACCAGUUCGCCGGACUUUACUCGAGUAGAGUCACAGCUCCUCAAUAA